GAUACUUAAAACAUGUGUAUUUGAUUUAUGGUAUUUCUGGAUGCAGCGAAACUAUCGGUUCUUCUCCAUGUUUGUCUUCUCAACAACUCUUCUCUGUAUAUAUGUUUUUGCUUUCUGCUGGGUCUACAUCAGAAGGAUCAUGGACUCAGAGGAGUUAACAAUUUGGAAAGCGAUGAUCAAAACCCCUGCUUCCAUAGUCCUGAUAGUCUAUACUUUCAUAGCAAUGUGGUUUGUCGGUGGUCUGACUGCUUUCCAUUUGUAUCUGAUCAGUACAAAUCAGACCACAUAUGAGAAUUUUAGAUAUAGGUAUGAUCAUCGAGCCAACCCGUAUAACAAAGGAGUGGUUGAAAACUUCAAGGAGAUAUUUUGCUCUAGCAUUCCUCCAUCCAAGAACAAUUUCAGGGCUAAGGUGCCCAGGGAACCUGCAUUACCUACCCGACCUGCUGGUGGGGGUUUUAUGAGUCCAAACAUGGGGAAAGCUGUGGAUGACAUAGAAAUGGGUAGGAAGACGGUAUGGGGAGAUAUGGGUACUGCAACUGAUCACUGUGUAGUGCAACUCACUAACAACGAGAGAGUGAAUGUUAAGGAGGGUGAAUUAGGACAAUUGUCCCCGGACAUUAGAACUGCAGUAGAUGAGAUAGGAGACCGUGCUGGAGUACAUCCCAGGCGAUCUAGUUGGGGUAGGAAAAGUGGAAGCUGGGAAAUGUCACCUGAAGUCCUUGCCUUGGCAGCUAGAGUUGGGGAACCAAUCCACGCUGGUGGGAGCAGUAGCAGCAACUUGACUACUGAGAACCGGCAUACAUAGUUUGAAGCUGCCCUGGAUGACUGAAAAAAAUAUAAGGGUUUUGAUUUGCUGAGAUGAUUGAUGGUGCUGAGGUCUAUGAAGCUUACUAAAGGACUUCCUUACAUUAUAUGCAAAUAUUGGGAGUUUUUGUAUUGGCAGGGUGUUUGAAAUUGUUGGGUUGGCCCUAGGAUUGAUGUGUUGUUGUACUAAAGCAAGCUGUCUCAGUUUUGAUUUUGUAUCUGUGAAAAUUAGUUGACUACCUACCUUUACUGAUUGUACUGAAUUCCCGGAUUCACUUUUGGUGUCUAAUAGAAUUAUUAGUCUCUAUUCUAUCGUGGGAUGAACGGCAGCAUUGAUAUUCCUCUUAUUGCCGUUUGGUGGUAAUGUAAUGUGUAGUGUGGCGCCAUAGGCAAGAACCAUGUGGAUGGGCCGAUUGAUGAUGGACUUGGUCAGCUAAAAGUUGAAUUAGGCCUUGGCCCUUACCCCAGACUAAGGUCAGUUUCAAGUUCCUAUUUGGGAGGACAGUGUAUGUAUGAAUGAUUCAAUGACAUUACGGUAGCAAGAAACUGAAUUAUCAUAUUCAUUUAUGGGAACCAGACUAGACUGCUCUAGUGUCUAGGCUUAUAUAGACUCAGUUCAGCUGCCAAUUAAUUGCACCUUUAUUU